CACAUCAAAUUGUGCAGAACACUGUUGAGACACAUGAAGAUGCAUUCAAUAACGUUUGUAUUAGUGGUUACCUGUGCUGUGUUGGUAACAUGCGAGGAAGAGCAGUAUGAUUCGAAAUUCGACAACAUCGAUCUGGACGAAAUUUUCAAAAGUGAAAGGCUAAUCAAGAAUUACCACGAAUGCUUCAUGGAAAGGGGAAAUUGCACCCCCCAGGGCGCAGCCAUCAAAAAAAACCUUCCUGAUGCCCUGAAAACAGAGUGUUUGAGAUGUACGAAAAAACAGAAAGAAAACGCUAAAAAGACCCUCAACUUCAUGUUGGAGGAGAAGCCCGAUCUGUAUACGGAAUUGGAAGCGAAAUACGAUCCUGCACAGGUGUACAGAAAGAAGAAAGCCGAACUUGGUAAAUUCUGAGGAUCCGUCCCAAAUUCGAGUAGUAUUGUUCAAGGAAUAACUUCUAGUGUGAACGUGUAAAUGUGCAUUCUUUAGAGAAUAAAAUGUCAGUUGAAUUGUA